AUGAACCUAAGCUUCUUCGACCAAUUCUCCAGCCCUCAUUUAUUCGGUAUCCCCUUAAUCCUACUGUCCCUGCUCUUCCCGGCCUUACUAUUCCCAUCCCCAAACAACCGAUGAAUCAGCAACCGCCUAUCUACCCUACAAACAUGACUGCUGCACCUAAUCACAAAACAAUUAAUAGUCCCACUUAACAAAAACGGCCAUAAGUGGGCCAUAAUACUCACAUCACUAAUAGUCAUACUACUCACAAUCAACCUCCUAGGCCUCCUCCCCUACACAUUCACCCCAACCACCCAACUAUCCAUGAACAUAGCCCUAGCCUUUCCACUAUGACUCGCUACACUGCUAACAGGCCUGCGAAACCAGCCAUCAGCCUCUUUAGCCCACUUAUUACCUGAAGGUACCCCAACACCCCUAAUCCCCGCACUAAUCCUGAUCGAAACAACCAGCCUGCUAAUCCGCCCCCUGGCCCUAGGAGUCCGUCUCACAGCCAACCUAACAGCAGGUCACCUACUAAUCCAGCUCAUCUCCACAGCCUCCAUUGCGCUUGUACCCACCCUUCCCGUAGUAUCCGCCCUAACAGUAAUCAUCCUACUACUCCUCACCAUUCUAGAAGUAGCAGUAGCUAUAAUCCAGGCCUACGUCUUCGUCCUCCUUCUAAGCCUAUACUUACAAGAAAACAUCUAA